GGCCUCCCGCGGGGGCGGGGCCGCGCGGUCGCUGGGCGGUGGCAGCGGGGCGUCUGCGGCACCUGCCCGGCGGAGCCACCGCCCGCCCGGCCGCCGCGAUGGCGGACCCCGCCGAGUGCAGCAUCAAAGUGAUGUGCCGGUUCCGGCCCCUCAACGAGGCCGAGAUCCUGCGCGGGGACAAAUUCAUCCCCAAAUUCAAGGGCGAGGAGACGGUGGUCAUCGGGCAAGGGAAGCCAUACGUCUUUGAUAGAGUGUUACCUCCUAAUACAACCCAGGAACAAGUUUAUAACGCCUGUGCCAAGCAGAUUGUUAAAGAUGUUCUUGAAGGCUACAACGGCACAAUCUUCGCUUAUGGACAGACAUCGUCAGGAAAAACACAUACUAUGGAGGGGAAGCUGCACGACCCUCAGCUCAUGGGAAUCAUUCCAAGAAUUGCACAUGACAUCUUUGAUCACAUCUACUCCAUGGAUGAAAACCUGGAGUUUCAUAUAAAGGUUUCCUACUUUGAGAUAUAUUUGGACAAAAUAAGGGACCUACUUGAUGUGUCAAAGACAAACCUCGCUGUACAUGAAGACAAAAACAGAGUCCCAUAUGUUAAGGGUUGUACAGAAAGAUUUGUAUCUAGUCCUGAAGAAGUUUUGGAUGUCAUUGAUGAAGGGAAAGCCAACCGUCACGUAGCUGUCACGAAUAUGAAUGAGCACAGCUCUAGGAGCCACAGCAUCUUCCUCAUUAAUAUUAAACAAGAGAAUGUGGAAACUGAGAAGAAACUCAGUGGAAAGCUAUACCUGGUAGACUUGGCUGGAAGCGAGAAGGUCAGCAAAACUGGAGCGGAGGGCGCUGUUCUCGAUGAAGCUAAAAAUAUCAAUAAGUCUUUGUCUGCUUUAGGCAAUGUGAUAUCUGCCCUGGCAGAAGGAACUAAAACCCAUGUUCCAUACCGAGACAGCAAAAUGACCCGAAUACUUCAGGAUUCCCUCGGCGGGAACUGCAGAACCACCAUCGUGAUAUGCUGUUCUCCUUCUGUCUUCAAUGAAGCAGAAACAAAGUCGACCCUGAUGUUCGGGCAGCGAGCUAAGACGAUUAAGAACACGGUCUCUGUGAACCUGGAGCUGACCGCAGAGGAGUGGAAGAAGAAGUACGAGAAGGAGAAAGACAAAAACAAGAGUCUAAAGAAUGUUAUCCAGCACCUAGAGCUGGAGCUGAACAGGUGGAGAAAUGGAGAAGCUGUGCCUGAAGAUGAACAGAUCAGUGCGAAGGACCAGAAGAACCUGGAGCCCUGUGAUAACACCCCGAUUAUUGACAACAUCACACCGGUUGUUGCGAGCAUCUCAACGGAGGAGAAGCAGAAAUACGAUGAUGAGAUUGCCAGUCUCUACAGACAGCUGGAUGAUAAGGAUGAUGAAAUCAACCAGCAGAGCCAGUUGGCUGAAAAACUAAAGCAACAAAUGUUGGAUCAAGAGGAGCUUCUGGCCUCCACUAGGAGAGAUUACGAGAAGAUUCAAGAGGAGCUGACCCGCCUUCAGAUUGAGAACGAAGCAGCGAAAGAUGAAGUGAAGGAGGUCCUUCAAGCUCUGGAGGAAUUAGCUGUCAAUUAUGACCAGAAAUCCCAAGAAGUGGAGGACAAAACAAGAGCCAACGAGCAGCUGGCUGACGAGCUGGCACAGAAGAGUAGUGCCCUGACGGCAACGCAGAGGGAGCUGAGCCAGUUGCAGGAGCUCAGUAACCACCAGAAGAAGAGAGCUACGGAAAUCUUGAACUUGCUGCUUAAGGACCUGGGGGAGAUUGGAGGAAUCAUUGGUACUAACGAUGUUAAAACGUUAGCAGAUGUGAACGGUGUGAUUGAGGAGGAGUUCACCAUGGCGCGGCUCUACAUCAGCAAGAUGAAGUCUGAGGUGAAGUCUCUGGUGAACCGCAGCAAGCAGCUCGAGAGCGCCCAGAUAGACUCCAACAGGAAGAUGAACGCCAGUGAGAGGGAGCUUGCAGCUUGCCAGCUCCUCAUCUCACAACAUGAAGCAAAGAUCAAGUCCCUGACAGACUACAUGCAAAAUAUGGAGCAGAAGAGAAGGCAGCUGGAAGAGUCACAGGACUCUCUCAAUGAAGAACUGGCCAAGUUACGUGCUCAAGAAAAAAUGCAUGAAGUCAGUUUCCAGGAUAAGGAGAAGGAGCAUCUGACCCGGCUUCAGGACGCCGAGGAGAUGAAGAAGGCCCUGGAGCAGCAGAUGGAGAGCCACAGGGAAGCCCACCAGAAGCAGCUGUCCAGGCUGAGGGAUGAAAUUGAAGAGAAGCAGAAAAUAAUUGAUGAAAUCAGAGACAUGAACCAGAAGCUGCAACUGGAACAAGAGAAACUCAGUGCUGAUUAUGAUAAAUUAAAAAUUGAGGACCAGGAAAGAGAAAUGAAACUGGAAAAGCUCAUACUGCUUAAUGAUAAAAGGGAGCAAGCAAGAGAAGAUCUUAAGGGACUGGAGGAAACAGUGGCAAGAGAACUUCAGACUCUUCACAACCUGCGCAAACUGUUUGUGCAAGAUCUCACGACCCGCGUUAAAAAAAGCGUUGAACUUGACAGCGACGACGGGGGUGGAAGCGCCGCGCAGAAGCAGAAAAUUUCCUUUCUUGAGAACAACCUGGAACAGCUUACAAAGGUUCACAAACAGUUGGUACGUGAUAAUGCAGAUCUUCGUUGUGAGCUUCCUAAGCUGGAAAAACGACUUCGAGCUACGGCAGAGAGAGUUAAGGCCCUGGAGAGCGCACUGAAGGAGGCCAAGGAGAACGCCAUGCGAGACCGCAAGCGGUACCAGCAGGAGGUGGAUCGCAUUAAGGAGGCCGUGAGAGCCAAAAACAUGGCACGGAGAGCACACUCUGCUCAAAUUGCCAAGCCCAUCCGCCCUGGUCAUUACCCAGCGUCUUCUCCAACGGCUGUCCAUGCCAUCCGAGGGGGAGGGAUGUCAAACUCCAGCUACUAUCACAACACCAAAUAGACAAGAAGUCAAUUCCACUUAGCAUGUUAAGGACUGUCAUUAAGUCACUAGUUUCUUUUUGUCCCCUCUCCAACCCGAUCCACUUCCUCUUCAUCCUGCGCUUCCUACAGCCAUCUGCAAUGCACUGGUCCCAGGUAUUUUGAGCUUCGUAGGAUCUCCACGUGUACAGAAGUGUUCAGUGCAACUCUUCUACAGAUACUUGUACAAUGUAUUUAACAUAACCAUCUAAGUAACGAUAGGAAGUCUGCCACUCAGAAUCUCUCACUGACUGCGUUUGACCCCUUGGCGCUGGUUAGGUUGGGGCUUCUACACUCAGACUGAUGCUUUUUCGAAGUCCUCUGUUGCAUCAGUAAAUCCCGACUUCUGGCAUCAAAAAAUUAAUUAUUCAAUGACCAAGUGCCAUCAAAGGCAGGUGAUUGUGCUCUGUCAUGACUGAUUUACUGUAUAAUAUACAUAUUAUUUUAUAUUUUUAGGGGAUGAAAAUGUGCUGCUAUAUGGUUUAAUUUUACUGCUUACAUUUUCAGAAGUAAAUUUCCCCAAAGAACCAUUUGUAAUAUCCUGAUAAAAUCUUUGGACUGUAUAAAAUAACCUUUAUUGCAGUACCUGGUAAAGAUCAAACGGGAUGCAGAGAAAUCUGUUAGUAUAGAUCUAGAUUUUUGAAGUUUGGUAGUUACAGGAAUAUAUCUGUGUGACCUAUCUUAAAAAUUAAGAUCCGAUCUGCUUGUAGCUCUUCCUACGGUGAUGGGUUUUCCUGGAAUGUGAUGGCUAGCCACGUGUUAGUGAGCAUUGAUCUUGAUGAAGUUUCGAAGGCUUUCAGGAUGCUGUGGAAAUCUGGUCUCAGAAAAGCCGACAAGCAUCCCCUCCCUUCCCCCCUUCCCCAUGCCUUUGGCAAGCCCCGAUCUGUUCGCACUGGAAUUCAGAUAUUGGAGUGAACAGUCCCUGCCAGAACAGAUGCGACCUUAAAGAAACAAACAACAAAAUCCCUUAAACCCCUGACCCUACCUUAAAAUAUUAUAGAGAGAGUCCAAAAGGAGGCGAGAGUUAUGUGCUUGAGCUCUCCUGUGCAGACCAAAUUUGGGAAUACGUUUGUGAGGAGGAGAAGAGCGUAUUGCAAGGGGAAACGAAUGUCUAAGUUACAGUACGCAAGUCGUCCCAGGGACGGUACGCUUGUGCUCACGGAGGUAAGGAUGAGACCGCCUGCCUUUCUUGGAUCUCUCUUUCGUGCCAGACAGAAGGUUUCCAUCUUCUCAGCAAGGGGGCACUGGAAUCGUUCUGGGAAGGUUCCACUGGCAGGCAGAAGUUGCUGCUCCUCCUCCCUGCCUCCCGCUUCUGUGCCACACACAUCUCCUCCCUGUUCAGCUGUGCAUAGCAUGCGGCGUGGCCUCCGACCGAAGCGUGGGUUCUAGGAAGGUUAUGGCCGAGCAUAGCCAUCGUGUCCUGUUUUGCAGACAUUUGCUAUUUAAUUUGAGAUUGAUUUUUUUUUCUUUUCAUUUCUGAACAUAUUUGUCAGUAGACGUAAGACUAUUUAGUUACCGUAGAGCGUUUUGAAAGAUUGUGAAUUGACUUUAGGUGAUUUUUUUUUUCUACUGAAACUACUUAGGUUGUUGCAAAGUAAGUUGGACUUAAUUUAACUGGGUUUUUUUUAAUGUUGCACUAUUUGGGGGAGCAUUUUUGCUAAAAACUAUUUAAUGAAGUUGCAAAUUUGCAUGUAUUUAAUUUAUUUUGUAUUUUUCAAAGUUUUAUAUUUUCUUUCUUCAUGUGCAUGUGCACUGCCAGAAGAAUGAACUGUGAACUUGCCAUAUGCAAUCUUUAAUAAAACUGCUAAUUCAGAACUACUCUGUGCUAUCUUAUCAGCUGUUCAGAGCUGAAAUUUCUACUAUGAACUAAUGAUCCUUUUGUUUUGGUUCUAAACCGGUUGUCUUGGAAAAGGUACCAAACUAUAUUACUGUCAGAGAUUUUGUACUGUGGUAAAACUUCAGUUCUGUCUCUCGAACUCAAAGCUCAGUAUGGAAUUACAGUGUGGAUGCAGCAUUAGCUUAAAAAUGUGUUCAGUUCCUCACAGCAUCACCAUUAGUUGCGUUUAGACGGCUUGCUUCAGCUUGAGUAAUAAGUUAGCUUUGACAUCUCUUAAUUGUGCUGGUGCUGAUCAGCCAGUCAGUUCACCGAGCUAAACCAAUGUAAGAUUCUCCAAGUUAACUUUUACAUCGAGACUAGGAGGGCUUUCUGUAACUGAAACACUGAAAAGAUGUCCGAGGCUAAAAUUCUCAAAAAGUACAGAAAAUAGUUAAUUCAAUUGGAAAUCAUUAAUCCUAUCAAUUGAAUUUACUCUGCCCAAAUACAGAUUCUUGGUUUGUAAGCCUAUUUUAAUUAGGCGACUUACGUUUGUAUUGUGUAUUGUAUAUUCAACUUUUGUACCGUUUUUAAGUCUUACACAUUUUAUACAUGGAAAUGAAACCCACACCUCUGCUCUGCAGACACCAAAACCUGUCUCGUGCUGUUUCCACUGCUCAACGCUACCUUGCUUUCUUUGCUCUUUGAAUGGUGUGUUCUAUUUAUUCCAGGCUAAUUUUAAAGUUGUGAUUUGUGUAGCGCAAAUUAAAUUUCACAUCUCUGAUGUCAUUGCAUGGGGCAAAUUUUGGUGGGAAUACCAUUCCCAAAUGGAAAGCGUACUCCAGGUGGAACUAAAGUGCAUAUUGUUCUUUGCGCUAGUAAUUAAAAAGUAUUUCCUGCUCACUUGAGCUUCUCUUAAUGAUAUGUUCAAAUAUCUUGUGUUUGUCCUUCAGUUCACAUUUCAUUGACUUGUUUGCUCAAAAGCAAGGAAAGUGUUAAACCUGGAAAGAUCUCGGCUGGUGCAUUUUUAAGUUUGUAUUUUACUCAACAAGGGUGAGAGUGGAUUAUCCUGAAUAUACUGAAAACUAAGUCACGAAAAGACCUUUAUUAAAAUAAUUUCUGCCUUAUGAAUAACUUUUAAAUUUCAUUUUAUGAAGCCUAGUGGACUAAGAUGCGCAUUUGCCUGAAAUUUUGACAAAUAAGACUUGGAAAUAUAGGAAAUAAAGAAUUUUAAGCUAAGCAUUGUUUCAUUUGGAUAAAUGGGUAUUAAACCCAAAUGGUGAUGAGGGUCCAGAAGGAAAAGGCUGAUCAAAUUUCUAUGGAGGAGGAGGACUUUGUGUAAGCGCGAAGGAAGUGCAUCUCAAUUGGAAACAGAAGGAACCCAAAAACAAAUUGGCAGGAUAAUCUUAAGCUGCCCUUGCUUUGGUUUUUGUCUUCACUGUGCCUGUCUGAACUGCCAAGUGCACUGGAGAACGUCCGCCGUGCAGGAUGGAACACCACUCCGCCAGUUCCUCUCUCGCUCUCACAAUCUUGUCCAUUGAAACACUUUUGGUUGUGGGAGAACCACGGGGGUUGAGGCAUUCUGUAGAAUUAUACAUGUCUAGUUUGUAAAGUGUGUAACGUGUACUGCAGAUGUGUAUUCUCUGGGCUCUAUGUAUCUUUACAGUAGUGUUCAAUUUAGGAAAAAAUAAAUUGUGGACACGUUUUGCUGGUAACAAGGGGAAAUUUUUUGCCAUUGCAUCAAACGAUGCUGAAAUGUAUUAAACUCUUGAUAGCAGAUCUGAACCCUCCUUCCCCCAUCCCGUGGAGAUAAGUCUUUUAUCUUCCUUCUAAAAUCCUAUCAGAGAUGGAUGGAUACACUGGCAGACUGCAUGAUGUAUCAUUCGAAAACCGUUACAGUGGAAAAUAAAACUGAACUAAA